CGCCUCGUUCGCUCGCCUCGCUCCUUUUUGAACGGAAAGCAGCCCUCCUCAGCCGAGGAUCGACCCCAGCGUGGCUCCGCGUUCCUGGUCACUUUUUGAGGCUUUCCUAAGGACGCUUGGCUUCCCGGAUUCCAGGGGGACCGCUGAGCGCGGGGGGCCCGUAGGACGGGCGAGCAGGGGAAGAGCCCGGGUUUAGUGGAGGCUCACACGGAGGCAAGAACUUAUUCAACAAGUUUACCCCCCUGCUUUUCUCUUUUCGAUGUGCGUUUUCGGACAUGCGGAGGUUACUGGAACCGUGUUGGUGGAUUUUGUUCCUGAAAAUCUCCAGUUCCGUGCUCCAUUAUGUCGUGUGCUUCCCGGCAUUGACAGAAGGCUAUGUUGGCUCCCUUCAGGACACCAGACACAGCAGCUCAGCGCAGAUCCGCAGGCGCAAGGCCUCAGGGGACCCGUACUGGGCCUACUCCGGUGCCUAUGGGCCUGAGCACUGGGUGACCUCUAGUGUCAGCUGCGGGGGCCACCACCAGUCUCCGAUAGACAUUUCAGACCAGCAUGCUCGGGUCGGCGAGGAGUACCAGGAGCUGCAGCUUGACGGCUUCGACAAUGAGUCUUCUAACAAAACCUGGAUGAAAAACACAGGGAAAACAGUUGCCAUCCUUCUCAAAGACGACUAUUUCGUCAGCGGCGCCGGCCUGCCGGGCAGAUUCAAGGCCGAGAAGGUGGAGUUUCACUGGGGCCACAGCAACGGCUCGGCGGGCUCGGAGCACAGCGUCAACGGCAGGCGCUUCCCGGUGGAGAUGCAGAUUUUCUUUUACAAUCCGGAUGACUUUGACAGCUUCCAAACUGCAAUAUCUGAGAACAGAAUCAUCGGAGCCAUGGCCAUAUUUUUCCAAGUCAGUCCAAGGGACAAUUCUGCACUGGAUCCUAUUAUCCAUGGGUUGAAGGGCGUCGUACAUCAUGAGAAGGAGACCUUUCUGGACCCUUUCGUCCUCCGGGACCUCCUGCCUGCGUCCCUGGGCAGCUAUUACCGGUACACGGGCUCCCUGACCACCCCGCCGUGUAGCGAAAUUGUGGAGUGGAUAGUCUUCCGGAAGCCUGUGCCCAUCUCUUACCACCAGCUCGAGGCUUUUUAUUCCAUCUUCACCACGGAGCAGCAAGACCAUGUCAAGUCAGUGGAGUAUCUGAGAAAUAACUUCCGGCCACAGCAGGAUCUGAACGGCAGGGUGGUGUCCAAGUCCGCCAUCCGUGACGCCUGGAACCAUGACAUGACCGACUUCCUCGAUAACCCACUGGGGACAGAAGCCUCCAAAGUCUGCAGCUCUCCGCCCAUCCACAUGAAGGUGCAGCCCCUGAACCAGACGGCGCUGCAGGUGUCCUGGAGCCAGCCGGAGACCAUCUACCACCCGCCCAUCAUUAACUACAUGAUCUCCUACAGCUGGACCAAGAACGAAGACGAGAAGGAGAAGACGUUUACCAAGGACAGCGACAAAGACUUGAAAGCCACCAUCAGCCACGUCUCACCGGACAGCCUUUACCUGUUCCGCGUCCAGGCCGUGUGCCGGAACGACAUGCGCAGCGACUUCAGCCAGACCAUGCUCUUUCAAGCUAACACCACUCGAAUAUUCCAAGGGACCAGAAUCGUUAAAACGGGCGUGCCCACAGCAUCUCCUGCCUCUUCGGCCGACAUGGCCCCCAUCAGCUCGGGGUCCUCGACCUGGACAUCCUCUGGCAUCCCCUUCUCAUUCGUUUCCAUGGCGACUGGGAUGGGCCCAUCCUCCAGCGGCAGCCAGGCGACUGUAGCCUCGGUGGUCACCAGCACGCUGCUGGCCGGCCUGGGGUUCGGCGGUGGCGGCAUCUCCUCCUUCCCCAGCACCGUGUGGCCCACACGCCUCCCCACAGCCGCGGCGGCCAGCAAGCAGGCCGUCAGGCCGGUCCUGGCCACCACGGAGGCCGUGGCGUCCCCGGGCCCCGAUGGCGACGCGGCGCCGAGCAAGGACGGCGAGGGCACUGAGGAUGGGGAGGACGAGAAGAGCGAGAGUGAGGAUGGGGAGCGGGAGCACGAGGAGGAGGGGGAGAAGGACUCCGGGAAGAGGGACAGGAGCGGGGUGACCCACGCCGCCCCAGGCCGCGGCCAGGCCGAGCCCGCGCCCGGGCCCUCAUCUCCCGGUAGAACCGCCCAGGACGGGGGGCGUCGGACUAUACCUGGGCCCCAGCAGGACCACACUGCCGUCCCCACCGCCCAGCCCGAUGACAGGAGGGGUGCCGCCCCGGACUCCGAUUCGGUCACCUCCACCCAGGUGCCCCCCACCGUCACAGAGGAACAUGACGAAGGGAGUGAUCGCAAGAGUCCCGAAAUGCCGUCUAAAAAGCCUGUGUCCCGAGGGGACCGAUUUUCCGAGGAUAGCAAAUUUAUCACGGUUAAUCCAGCAGAAAAGAACACCUCUGGGAUGGCAGGCCGCCCUUCUCCAGGACGGAUGGAGUGGAUCAUCCCGCUGAUUGUGGUGUCAGCCUUGACCUUUGUGUGCCUCAUCCUCCUCAUUGCUGUGCUCGUUUACUGGAGAAAAUGUUUCCAGACAGCUCACUUCUAUGUGGAAGACAGCAGUUCGCCUCGGGUGGUCCCCAAUGAAAGUAUCCCUAUUAUUCCUAUUCCGGAUGACAUGGAGGCCAUCCCCGUCAAACAGUUCGUGAAACACAUCGGCGAGCUCUAUUCUAAUAACCAGCACGGCUUCUCCGAGGAUUUUGAGGAAGUCCAGCGCUGUACGGCCGACAUGAACAUCACCGCAGAACAUUCCAAUCAUCCAGAUAACAAGCACAAAAACAGAUACAUCAACAUCUUAGCAUAUGAUCACAGUAGGGUGAAGUUAAGACCUUUACCAGGAAAGGACUCCAAGCACAGCGACUACAUUAAUGCAAACUAUGUCGAUGGCUACAACAAAGCAAAAGCCUACAUUGCCACCCAGGGACCUUUAAAAUCGACAUUUGAAGAUUUCUGGAGGAUGAUAUGGGAACAAAACACUGGGAUCAUCGUCAUGAUUACGAACCUCGUGGAAAAAGGAAGGCGAAAAUGUGAUCAGUAUUGGCCAACAGAGAACAGUGAGGAGUAUGGGAACAUUAUCGUCACAUUGAAGAGCACAAAAGUACAUGCCUGCUACACUGUCCGUCGUUUCUCCGUCAGAAACGCAAAAGUAAAGAAGGGUCAGAAGGGGAAUCCCAAGGGCCGGCAGAAUGAAAGGGUGGUGAUCCAGUACCACUACACGCAGUGGCCCGACAUGGGCGUCCCCGAGUACGCCCUCCCGGUCCUGACCUUCGUGAGGAGAUCCUCGGCCGCCCGCACGCCCGAAAUGGGCCCCGUGUUGGUGCACUGCAGCGCGGGCGUGGGCAGGACAGGCACCUACAUUGUAAUAGACAGCAUGCUGCAGCAGAUCAAAGACAAAAGCACAGUGAAUGUCCUGGGGUUCCUGAAGCAUAUCAGGACACAGCGUAACUACCUCGUCCAGACUGAGGAGCAGUACAUUUUCAUCCACGAUGCCUUGUUGGAAGCCAUUCUUGGAAAGGAGACGGAAGUAUCUUCAAAUCAACUGCAUAGCUAUGUAAACAGCAUCCUCAUACCAGGAGUAGGAGGAAAGACACGACUGGAAAAACAAUUCAAGCUGGUCACACAGUGUAAUGCAAAAUACGUGGAGUGCUUUAGUGCUCAGAAAGAGUGUAACAAAGAAAAGAACAGAAACUCUUCAGUCGUGCCAUCUGAGCGUGCUCGAGUGGGUCUUGCACCGUUGCCUGGAAUGAAAGGAACAGAUUACAUUAAUGCUUCUUAUAUCAUGGGCUAUUAUAGGAGCAACGAAUUUAUUAUAACCCAGCAUCCUCUGCCACACACCACGAAGGAUUUCUGGCGAAUGAUUUGGGAUCACAACGCACAGAUCAUCGUCAUGCUGCCAGACAACCAGAGCUUGGCAGAAGAUGAGUUUGUGUACUGGCCAAGUCGAGAAGAAUCCAUGAACUGUGAGGCCUUUACCGUCACCCUUAUCAGCAAAGACAGACUGUGCCUCUCUAAUGAAGAACAAAUUAUCAUCCAUGACUUUAUUCUGGAAGCUACACAGGAUGACUAUGUCCUAGAAGUUCGGCACUUCCAGUGUCCCAAAUGGCCCAACCCCGAUGCUCCCAUAAGCAGCACCUUUGAGCUUAUCAACGUCAUCAAGGAAGAGGCCUUAACCAGGGACGGCCCCACCAUCGUCCACGACGAGUAUGGAGCAGUUUCAGCAGGCAUGCUGUGUGCCCUCACCACCCUGUCCCAGCAGCUAGAGAAUGAGAAUGCUGUGGAUGUUUUCCAGGUUGCAAAAAUGAUCAAUCUUAUGAGGCCUGGAGUAUUCACAGACAUUUUGGAGAGAAGUACUCUGGCGUCUGUUGAGUCCAGGGAUGCUGCUACACAUCCUGCAGUGCAUGAGACAGACUUUCCAAACAAAGAAUCAUCGGGCCUAGAGAUCAACAGUACUGAGGAACAGUACCAGUUUGUCUACAAAGCAAUGCUCAGCUUGGUCAGCACUAAGGAAAAUGGAAACGGUCCCAUGACAGUGGACAAAAAUGGUGCUGUUCUCAUUGCAGAUGAGUCGGAUCCUGCCGAGAGCAUGGAAUCUCUAGUGUGACUGGAAUCCUGACAGGGCACUUAAUUUGUAAAACUUCUGAAGACUGAGAACUUUUUCGAGGCCUUUUUUGCCAGACUCUAGGUUAUACAAUAACCCAGUUACUUUUUUACACUGAUAAAAGUUUUGAUAUUUAUUUUUUGCCAUUUUAUGUCUUAAUGGUAUCCUACUGAGCAUUCGCACCUCUGUUCAUUUCCCCCAGUGAAACGCAAUUUACCUAGUUUGCACUGUCUGAUCAGUGUUACUGCCUAUAACCUAACCUGAAAGUGAACCCUGAUGUGACAUUCCGAAACAACAUCCAGCUACUCUUUACUUCGGUACAGUGAAGGUCUUUGUAUGACAGUGAAUCUUGGUUCUGUUACUGUUGUUUCUAAAGCAGCUGCACUCUACUAGCAGGCAAUGCUCUAUUUCCCUCACUCGUCCUCCACUAUUUCUUUAGACAGUGUUCAUACUGUAUGCCUUCUAUAUCUGAAUGGAGUAGAUGAGCACUGUUUUCUUUGAAAGAAUAGCUGGUUAUUGGGAGCUACCAAGAAGGUCUGUCAGCCUCAUGGCCUUGAAACAGUUCCACUUAUGAUGGUGAAGACGUCCAUUAAGAAAUUAGAAGGUUUAAGAGUUGCUUCAUGUGAACAUCACUUAUUAGUUACCAACUUAUAUUCAUAGCUUAAAAAAUGCCCAAUUGUGUCAAAAUAAAGGAUAUCUCUGUAUUAGAGUUUUCUCGGUAGCUAUGUGGACAGUGUGUGUUAUUUCCAUUUGACUCUCUGAAAUAGCUCCACCCUAAAAUCGGCUCUUUUACGAUAGAUGGCAAUGUUUUACACAACUCAAGAACCCUCUAGAGACUCUCCAUUAACGCUUCUUGGUUUAUAAUACCAUACCUCAUGGCAGGUGGAAUAGGAACAUUUUUGCAGGUAUGUAAUUUUGAAACUAGUCCUCUAAAACCCCUAUUACUCACAUAGCAAUCCAAUAAAAACUACCUAUAGAGUUAACAUUCUUUUCUUUCCCUUUUUGCCAAAUGUUUCAUGAUAAAUCUCAUAAUUACGCACAUUCUUCUCCUUAGGAUUAGACUGAAAAUACUGUAUUAGCAAAAGCCUUAGGACCAUCUAGACUCCCACACGUGAACAAAUCAGAUUUGGAGAGAGAAAAUUCGAAUCUUGUAUAAAAGGUGUUAUCUACAUUUUCAAAUAGUUUUUAAGAGAAAGAGAUGGCUUUGUAUGUUUCUGUGCAGUUUAGCCUCAAGACCAGACAUACUUCAGUACAAGAGGCUGAUGACCAUCACACAGAGCCCAAGGUCCAGCCUCUGGAGCCACGGUCACCUCCAGUACGUAAUGGGAAAGUUAGGAACGUUAAUAAGGAAUUAGAAAAGUGAUCUACCUACUGCGAUCUGUUUUUUCUACUGCUUAUUUGCUUCUGAGGAACAACUUCUGUCAGGAGUAAAAUCAUGGCCAUCAGGAUCACCAGCAGAGCUAGACCUGUUAAGAGAAAAAAACAGCAUUGAGUUAUUUUUUAUGUCAAUAAACUUCAACAGAAAGUCCGCACUGGCUAUUAUCACACUAUCUUGGUAGGCCUUAGAUCAGUAAUGAGAACCAGCACUGAGCUGCUACUUCUCUUGCAUUGGCUUUCUGUGAGGACAGCACAAAGCCACUAAGCAGAGAGGCUACAGGCCGAACCCAGCAGUUCCAAUGCACAGGCCCUGUCUGUGGGGUUUUCAUGAACUACGUAACUUUCUAGGGCUACGUUAAUCUCCCCUUUCUAUCACAUGGAUUCACCAACAUAGACUAGUCCACUGCUGACAAACUGUAGGCUAAGGCUUGAGGAAAGGAGUGAAAAUGAGCAAAGUGUGCUCAAUUGUAUGUGCCAGGUGACUCAGACACCUUCACAGUCCCUCUGCCUCCAUCAGAGGUGACAUAAGGAAGUUCCAUCUAACCCUUAAGAGAAAAGCUUGAAUACUGGAGCACUACACCUUCCAGAAGGGAGUCCGGAAGGGAGAGGUUUCAGAUCAUGGCAAGAGCUAGGUCAUUUUAAUUAAGUAGGUUGCUUUGGUUGUAUAGAGUAUUGAUAUGAGCUAAUUCCAGUAGUUGGCACAGUGGACUUGACUUUCAGAAGUAAUGUUCAAGUUGGGGUUCAUGGCCCCUCAGUAAUUUUUUUCUUAAAAUAAAAGCAAGCAUUGGUUAGAAGACACCCUGCAAAGUAUUCCCUUCUGUGCUAUUUGCAGACGUCUCAACUCAUGGAAUUGCAUGCCCCCAACACAGUUCUGUGGGCUUCCCAUAUGGCCAUCAGAAUCAUAAUAAAAGAGACAGCUAGUAAACAGAAUAGAAGCGUUACAAGGAUGAUUUAAAAGUUCUCUGUGAGCCAGCCAUGUCUCCCCACAGGCUUAAACCAAAGUCUACAAAUCCUGACCCACUGAACUAGGAGCAGUUGCCAUUUGCCCAUCUUGCCAAAGCAAUCCAAGCACACCACUGAGGACAGGAUGUGCAGCAGAUCCUCACUGUCACCAGUGAAUGCUCACCCCUUCGUUUGUUACUGCAUAAGCAUGCUCACAGCUUUCCCGAGGCAGAGCUUAAGAGAUGGUGUUUUCUUUGAGACGUAAGCACAUUGCUUAACUACAUAACAAGGUCAUCGCCACUGCACUCGGGAAAGGAAGUAGCUUUUACAAAUUAAUAUGCACUAUUUUAUAAAAUAAGCUUAUUGGGUGUAUGAAUUCAGCUCUAGGUAAACAGAAUGCACACAUCAUACAAAACUGAAUUGCAAUGAUCAGACCAAGUGGCUGUGCUGGACCUCAUAAAAAAACACCUUAUUUCCACCAGGAGAACUCUCUUGUAUCCAAAAGCCACGGUAUCUUUGUUACAUAUAAAAAAGUUAAUUUCUGAACUUCAAGAAGAUUAAGAUCAAUUGAAUUGGUUUUCUUAAUUUUUAUUCAUUGGAGCUUUUAGAGUCUAUUUCAAUUGAAGAGUCCAGCAAGGUCAGAGGAGGUUACGGUGUUCGAGGCCUGGCUGUUGGGAGUUUUUAGCCCGAGUGACAUAUUUAAUUCAACAACUAACCUUAAUUAUUUUUAAUGACACAGCACAACUGCCUUGUUAUGAAUUUUUUCUUAAAUGCAUAUAUACUGUAUUUAAAAAUUAAAAUAUAGUACCAAUUUACCAAAGAUACAUAUUACUAAUUCUAAGCAAAAAAUAAGAAAAAGAAACCCAAACUCGUAAUUUAAGAAAUAAUAAUCAAAAUGUAGUUUGUCUUAAGAAUUUAGCAGUUAUACUGGAAAAUGCAUUUCAACUCCUAUGUUCUAAAAUUUAUGUUCCAAUGGUGUCAGUGAGUUUUUAUAUGAAGGGAAAAUGCCUGCUUUUUUCUUUUUAAACAACUGUAUUUUCACUUACCCCUUUGCGCUUGCCCUUAGUUGCCAUUUAACAUACAAUACUGGCUUUACUUAUCUCUAGAAAGAAGGCAUGCUACAAAUAGGAAGGAAUUGUAAUAAUGAUAUUUGGCCUCUACUUUGUCUUAGCUGUUAAACUGUUUUUAGUAUUUUUGUUAAAUAUUUGCAAAGGGAAGCAUUUUCUACAGAGGAUAAUUAAUUUCAAGAAAAAUAUCUUGAGUUUUAAGAAAUAAACAUCUCCAGAAAAGGAGACAGCUGAUUUUAUAAAAUGUCGCAACUCUCCAACAUUUGGGGUAGUGACUCUUUUGUUAGGACAUUUGAAACUAGCAAGCAGCCAUUGUUUCUAAAAACUAAAAACAAACAAAACAAAAAAAAACACUCAGCCUUCAUGUUAAUUCGUGUUUCUUUCACUUCAUUUUGAAAUAGCUAACAUCAUUAAGACUGUAAAUAUUUUGUUGCUUGGAUAAGCAUCUUCUGGGAACUUUGUAUCUAUGGUAUAUAAUCAUAGAAUUUUAUAUUUUCAUAUAAAGCUAAUUUUUUUCUAGUUUCAACUCCAUCAUAGGUUUUUUUGGUUUUGAUUUUCAUAUUGGGUUUUUGUGGUGGAUAUGUGAAUUCAACUUUCUGUGUGUUGAGGUAGCAAGAACCAUCUUUGCAUUCCAAAAGAAUCCAACAUGUGUUAUUUCUUUGAGGCAGUGAUUGUGAGAGUUGGAUUUUCUUUUUUAAUUCCAUUGAUCAUUUGUGCAAUAAGAAUUAGACAUAGUCACUGAAUACAUUUGCUGCAUUGACCCAUUUGGAAAAAGUGUUUUGGUUUUUUUUUUAAUUUGUUCCAGGGGAAGGGGUUUUGUAACCUGAAAUUUUUCCCUUUUUUCUUCUGUUUAAAACUAUAUCAAAUCAUUCUAUUAUAGUGUUAUUUAAUAUGUAAAUUGUAUUGCUAUACAUAAAAUAAAGUAUGGUUUUUGAUGUA